CUCCUCACUCUCUCUCUAAGACUACCUUAAUCUUCCUUGCAGGAUGUGAAAACUUUCUCUCUCUUCAAUUUUUUUCUUCUUUUCCCUUCUCGUUUUUUUCGGAGAUGGAUUUGGAGAGAUGUUCUGUUUCGACUUCUUCUUCUUCUUCUUCUUCUUCUUCGGGGAGUUCGUCUUCCGGUGUGGCGGCGGAUCAGAUGAUGCGGAUAGAGAUGGAGGCGGCGGAGGCGCUAGCUGAUUUGGCGCAUUUGACGAUGCGCGAGUGUCGUAGCGGUGAUUCCGGCGGUAGAUGGGGGAGCAAAGGAAAGCGAGGUAAGAAACGAAUCAAGAGCGAGUCUUCUCCGGAUGACUGUGCUUCGAACCCAGUUGUUGACUCGGUCCAUAGCUGCCCGGAUCUUGCCCCGGAUCAAGCAGUCAUGGAUCAGCAACAUGGUGAAUCGAUAUGUAGAAAUGUAGUGAUAAGUUCUACAAAGGCUGAGCUGGACGCAGAUGCAACUAAGCCAACUCCUAUUUGUGUGAAAAGUCGUUCAUCAUAUGGUGGCAGCAGGAGUAGACAAAAUCUAACUGAGGCUGAAAAGGAAGCACGGAGAUUGCGUCGAAUAUUGGCAAACAGAGAGUCAGCUAGACAAACAAUUCGUCGUAGGCAGGUUCUUUGUGAGGAGUUAUCCAAAAAAGCUGCUGAUCUAGCAUGGGAGAAUGAAAACUUAAAGAGGGAAAAAGAAUUGGCUUUGAAAGAAUAUCAGUCUUUGGGCUUCAAAAAUAAGCACUUAAAGGCACAGAUGGCUAAAUUAAUAAAAACCGAGGUUGUGGAACCUCAAGGAGAUCUUAAGUCGCCCCAUGAAAAGAGGCCUACCACCCCAGCUCCAAACUGCCAGUUGCUGUUCUAUAACCAACAUCCAUUUUCACAGCUUUGCUGGCCUUCCAUCAUUCAGUCUCCAAAUUCUGUACAAUCGCAUAAUGGGCCUCAAAAUGCCAUUAGCAUCCCAUCAACCAUUUCCAUGGUAACUAAUGGAGAGCUUGAUUCAUCUCAGCAGCAACAAGAAAACCCCAUGAUUGUAAAUGGAUCAAGGACUCCCUUAUAUAUAGUGUCAUGCCCGUGGUUUUUCCCAGUUCAUGAUCAUGUGAAUGGAAUCCGCCCUCAAACCUCCCUUGGCUUGAAGCACAUACGAGAUGGAACUUCUGUAAAUAAUCAAUAUAGUAGUAGUUCUUCUUCAAAAGCUGCUGCACUUACAGUGGACCAACUUUCCCCUUUGCCUGAAAAGGUUAAAUUAGAAGCUCCUGGCUCAACAGAAAUCAGGGUUAUUAAUGAUCUUAUUGAGACACCAGUAGGAUUUCCCCCAGAUCGAGGCAGUCAGUGUGUGGAAUCCCACCCUAAAGAAACAACUCCUACUCCAGUAAUUCUUGGUUCUAUUGCUGUUAAAAAUGAGAAUGGGCUUCAAUCAGAAGUUCUUCCAUAUGUUGAUGGUAUUUGUACAAAAUCUAGUCAACUAGUGAGUGCUUUACCAGGAAAGAAUCAAGGUCCAUUUAACUUCCCAAGUAAGAAACUAGUGGAUGCAGCUGCUGCAGCAGAGGCAAGGAGGAGAAGGAAGGAGCUUACAAAACUUAAAAGCCUCCACAGCCGCCAAUGUCGGAUGAACUGCUGAAAGUAGAUUUGAUGGUUUCUUUAUCAAUGCGUUCUGGGCCCUUGAUUUGUUAAUCACGAUACUGAUGUGAAAGAAGAGAAUGUUUCUGCUGGAAAUAGAGAUCAACCUCUUAUACAUCCCCUGUGACUGCUAUUUAUGUUUAAUGGAAGGCUUUUAUUUUUCAUCCAUGUAUUUUAGGCAAAUUCUGUUCGCCUCUUUUUGAUGCACAAGUUGUCUGACAACAUGGAAGCUUUGAGAAUCAGAAGAAAAAUGUAUUAUUUAGUGGCCUAUGUUGGAAAGCAAGGUGAAGAUAUUUAUGUAAACCUGAAUGUUGCUGCCGUUUUGGUGGUUGAGUUGGAAAGGGCAGCGAAAGCAGAAUUAGGAAAUGAAUUUCAAUGUAUCUGGGUUAUAGCGGAAUUAGGAAAUGAAUUUCAAUGUAUCUGGGUUAUCUGUAACAUUAUGUUGUAAGCUGUACUGUUUUCAGAGAAGUGCACGCAUAACUUCAGGUAUGAGGCAUCAAGGUCUGUUCUUGGCUA